CUUGCUCUCCUCCUACUCAGCGGGCUUCCAGGGAAAAGCAAGAGUGUCCUUCGGAGCCUGGGGCCGCGGCUGCCGAGCUGGGCGAAAGACCCGGUGUGCCCCUCUCCCCUCGAGGUGAGGGCGCUCCCUCCCGCGACGCCUGCGGGUCCCGCUCGCUGCGCGGCUGGGACGGGAUAAGAGGAAGUCCCGGGGACCUGGCGAGAGCCCUCAGACCGGCCCUGGGCUGGAAGAUCCCGGAAGAAGCCGGUAGGGGAAGAGGGGCGCCGCAGGAGCUCUGGGGCCCCAAGAACAUGGACACUCUCAAUAGGAACCAGGUGGGCCCUGGAUGUAAGACCCCGGCCCUGGUGCAGAAAGGACCCUUGGACCUGAUCGAAACAGGCAAAGGGCUGAAAGUGCAGACGGACAAACCCCAUCUGGUGAGCCUGGGCAGCGGGCGGCUCAGCACAGCCAUCACCCUUCUGCCGCUGGAAGAAGGGAGGACCGUGAUUGGCUCUGCGGCCAGGGACAUCUCACUGCAGGGUCCAGGCCUGGCUCCGGAGCACUGCUACAUCGAGAACCUGCGGGGCACCCUCACCCUCUACCCCUGCGGCAAUGCCUGCACUAUUGAUGGGCUCCCGGUCCGGCAGCCCACUCGGCUCACUCAGGGCUGCAUGUUGUGCCUGGGUCAGUCCACCUUCCUCCGCUUUAACCACCCAGCUGAAGCCAAGUGGAUGAAGAGCAUGAUCCCGGCAGGGGGCCGGGCCCCUGGCCCCCACUACGGUCCUGGCCCAGAAUCCGAAAGCCUGGUGAACGGGAACCACACCCCUCAGCCUGCAACCCGGGGACCCUCCGCCUGUGGCAGCCACAGUUCCCUGGUGAGCUCUAUUGAGAAGGACCUGCAGGAAAUCAUGGACUCCCUGGUGCUAGAGGAGCCUGGAGCUGCUGGCAAGAAGCCUGCCGCCACAUCCCCACUGUCACCAAUGGCCAAUGGCGGGCGCUACCUGCUGUCCCCCCCAACCAGCCCCGGCGCCAUGUCUGUGGGCUCCAGCUAUGAGAACACCUCUCCGGCCUUCUCUCCACUCUCCUCGCCAGCCAGCAGUGGGAGCUGUGCCAGCCACUCACCCAGCGGGCAGGAACCAGCACCUUCCCUGCCCCCCCUGGUGCCCGCCCGGUCCUCCAGCUACCAUCUGGCCCUGCAGCCCCCACAGUCCCGACCGAGCGGCGCUCGCCCCUCCGAGAGCCCCCGGCUGGGCAGGAAGGGGGGUCACGAGAGGCCUCCCAGCCCUGGUCUCCGAGGUCUGCUGACAGACAGCCCUGCAGCUACUGUCCUGGCCGAGGCCCGCAGAGCCACCGAGAGCCCCCGGCCGGGUGGGCAGCUGCCCGUGGUGGCGAUCAGCCUUAGUGAAUACCCUGCUUCCGGUGCCCGGGGCCCGCCCACCAGCAUUCCCGGCAGCCCCAAGUUCCAGCCGCCAGUCCCUGCACCCCGAAAUAAGAUUGGCACGCUCCAGGACCGCCCUCCCAGCCCUUUCCGGGAGCCGCCAGGCGCUGAGCGGGUGCUGACCACCAGCCCCUCACGCCAGCUGGUGGGCCGAACAUUUUCGGAUGGCUCAGCCACCCGCACCCUGCAGCCUCCAGAGAGCCCCCGCCUUGGCCGGCGGGGCCUGGACAGCAUGAGAGAACUGCCUCCCUUGAGCCCAUCUCUGUCCCGCAGGGCUCUCUCCCCCAUGCCCGCCCGGACCGCCCCAGAUCCCAAACUAACCAGGGACGUGGCAGAGAGCCCCCGCUCCCGGCGCUGGGCAGCCCACGGGGCUUCACCGGAGGACUUCUCCCUGACACUGGGGGCCCGGGGCCGUAGGACACGGAGCCCCUCGCCCACACUCGGGGAGUCCCUAGCACCCCGCAAGGGCAGCUUCAGCGGCAGACUGAGCCCAGCUUACAGUCUGGGCUCCUUGACAGGGGCUUCACCCCGCCAGAGCCCCCGCGCCCAGAGGAAGCUCUCCAGCGGGGACCUGCGGGUGCCCAUCACCCGGGAGCGGAAAAACAGCAUCACGGAGAUCAGUGACAAUGAGGAUGACCUCCUGGAGUACCACCGGCGGCAGCGCCAAGAGCGGCUUCGGGAGCAGGAGAUGGAGAGGCUGGAACGCCAGCGCCUGGAGACCAUCCUGAACCUGUGCGCCGAGUACAGCCGGGCAGAUGGGGAACCCGAGGCCGGGGAGCUGCCCAGCAUAGGGGAGGCAGCCGCAGCCUUGGCCCUGGCCGGCCGGAGGCCCUCACGAGGCCUCGCGGUGGGCCCUGGGGCCCCGGGCCGCAGCAGCGAGGAGCCUGGAGGUGCCGCCCAGCGCCUGUGGGAGAGUGUGGAGCGCUCGGAUGAGGAGAAUCUCAAGGAGGAAUGCAGUAGCACUGAGAGCACCCAGCAGGAGCACGAGGAUGCCCCCUGCGCCAAGCUCCAGGGAGAGGUGCUGGCCCUGGAAGAGGAGCGGGCUCAGGUGCUGGGGCGAGUAGAGCAGCUCAAAGUCCGGGUGAAGGAGCUGGAACAGCAGCUGCAGGAGUCGGCCCGAGAGGCUGAAAUGGAGCGGGCGCUGCUGCAGGGGGAGAGGGAGGCUGAGCGGGCGCUGCUGCAGAAAGAGCAGAAGGCGGUGGACCAGCUACAGGAGAAGCUGAUGACCUUGGAGACGAGCAUCCAGAAGGAGAGGGACAAGGAGAGGGCGGAGCUGGCCGCGGGACGGAGGCACCUGGAGGCCCGCCAGGCGCUCUACGCCGAGCUCCAGACGCAGCUCGAUAACUGCCCCGAGUCAGUGCGGGAACAGUUACAGGAGCAGCUGAGAAGGGAGGCCGAGGCCCUGGAGACAGAGACGAAGCUCUUCGAGGACUUGGAGUUCCAGCAGCUGGAGCGGGAGAGCCGCGUGGAGGAGGAGCGCGAGCUGGCGGGCCAGGGGCUGCUCCGGAGCAAAGCCGAACUGCUCCGCAGCAUCGCCAAGAGGAAGGAGCGCCUGGCAGUCCUGGACAGUCAGGCUGGGCAGAUCCGGUCCCAGGCUGUGCAGGAGUCAGAACGCCUUGCCAGAGAUAAGAAUGCCGCCCUGCAGCUGCUGCAGAAGGAGAAGGAGAAACUGGCUAUGCUGGAAAGAAGAUACCACUCGCUCACAGGUGGCCGGCCUUUCCCAAAGACCACGUCCACCCUCAAAGAGGCCAACCUGCUCAUCUCUGAGUCCUCAGAGGUGGGGCUGGGGAUGGCAGCUCUGGGCCCCUUCCCAGAGUCUUCUCAGGCUGGGGCCUUCUCUGUUCCCUUAACCCCACCUGCUUCUACUCAGCUCUGCCUCAAAGCGCAAGAGUACGUGACGCUUGAGCAGCUAAAGGCGAUGUGGGGCAGCUCCCUGGUGCCCCCGGCCCCCGCGCCGGGCCUGCCUCCCUGGGCCCCUGCCUCCCAGGACCUGGUUCCCACCUCCUGCCUUCCUCUCGCGCUGCCCUCUUCCUCCUCCUUCGCUUCUGUCACGCCUUCGCCCCAGAUGGAGAAGCUGCUGCUCCCCGCUGUAGACUUAGAGCAGUGGUACCAGGAGCUGAUGGCCGGGCUGGGGACGGGCCCUGCUGCCGCCUCCCCUCGCUCCUCCCCCCCGCCUCUGCCCGCCAAAGCUUCCCGCCAGCUGCAGGUUUACCGCUCCAAGAUGGAUGGCGAGGCCACCAGCCCCCUGCCACGCACCCGCAGUGGGCCGCUCCCCUCCUCCUCUGGCUCAUCUUCCUCCUCCUCCCAGCUCAGCGUGGCUACCUUGGGCCGCAGCCCCUCACCCAAGAGCACUCUGCUCGCCCAGAAUGGCACCAGCAGCCUUCCUCGCAACCUGGCAGCCACCCUGCAGGACAUCGAGACCAAGCGCCAGCUGGCCCUGCAGCAGAAGGUCGAGUCGCUUCCUGCCGAGCCCCUCCCAACCGACGACCCAGCAGGGCAGCAGGUGAUCGAGGAGCAGCGGCGGCGGCUGGCGGAGCUGAAGCAGAAGGCGGCGGCGGAGGCGCAGUGCCAGUGGGAGGCCCUGCACGGGGCGGCGCCCUUUCCCACUGGGCCCGCGGGCUUCCCCCCGCUCAUGCACCACUCCAUCCUGCAUCACCUGCCGGCCUCACGGGAGCGAGGCGAGGAGGGUGAGCACGCCUACGACACGCUGAGCCUGGAGAGCUCCGACAGCAUGGAGACCAGCAUCUCCACGGGGGGCAACUCAGUCUGCUCCCCCGACAACAUGUCCAGCACCAGUGGCCUGGACAUGGGGAAGAUUGAGGAAAUGGAGAAGAUGCUGAAAGAAGCUCAUGCAGAGAAGAGCCGGCUGAUGGAGUCGAGGGAACGGGAGAUGGAGCUGAGGCGGCAGGCCCUGGAGGAGGAGCGGAGGCGGCGGGAGCAGGUUGAACGGAGGCUGCAGAGCGAGAGCGCCCGGAGGCAGCAGCUCGUGGAGAAGGAGGUCAAGAUGCGGGAGAAGCAGUUCUCGCAGGCACGACCCCUGACGCGCUACCUGCCAAUCCGGAAGGAAGACUUUGACCUGAAGACCCACAUCGAGUCAUCAGGCCACGGCGUGGAUACCUGUCUGCACGUGGUGCUCAGCAGCAAGGUCUGCCGUGGCUACUUGGUCAAGAUGGGCGGCAAGAUCAAGUCAUGGAAGAAGCGCUGGUUUGUCUUUGACCGGCUCAAGCGCACCCUUUCCUAUUACGUGGACAAGCACGAGACAAAGCUGAAGGGGGUCAUCUACUUCCAGGCCAUCGAGGAGGUGUACUAUGACCACCUUCGCAGUGCCGCCAAGAGCCCGAACCCAGCCCUCACCUUCUGCGUGAAGACUCACGACCGGCUGUACUACAUGGUGGCCCCGUCUGCGGAGGCCAUGCGCAUCUGGAUGGAUGUCAUUGUCACGGGGGCAGAGGGCUACACUCAGUUCAUGAAUUGACCGAACGGGGCCCAGUCGCCUGCUGCCCCACCUGCCUCCGGACAGGAAGUCGCGCCCUGGGCUCCCUGGAGGGCGGAGCACGACGGGGGCUUUUGUACAAGAGCCUCUGUGAUGUUCUGUAAGGAGCUCGUCCUGUGAGUUUCUGAGCUCUGGCCCCCCCGAAAAACCAGCCAGGAGGUAAAAGUUGAGGAGGGGGCUUUGCUGCCUCCUGGGAGCCCAGAACUUGCAAUAGCCUGUUAGGGUCCUGCCCCGGGGCCCCCCCAGGCUGAGGCGCCGUCACAGAGGGGGCCCCCCCCCACUCUGACCUGGCACCUGCGCUCCCUGCCUGUGUUCUGUUUUCUAAAGGACACGUUAUGGUACCAGAAUCUGCCAAAGAUCCCCUCUUGCCUCAGCCCCCAUUGCAGGGGCCUUGGGGGCUGAGUAGCGCCACAUCCAGAGUGGGGUAACAGCUCAGGCGGUGUAAUUCUCAAACCCCGCUCUAUCCCAUUCUUGUGCCGCAUUUGUAUUUUUUAUGAUUUUGCUCAAGGACCAGAGACUGAGUGUCAUCCUUGAGGUCCCAGCCCUAGCCCCUUUUUGCAGACCCAUCACCACGGUCACCAUAGUGACUGCUUCAUCGCCAUGGUUACAUACUAAUUGCCAUGGCUCCGUGGCUCAGCCCACUGCUUAGCUGCGGGCCCAUCUGAGGGUACGUGCCAUCAUCUCUCCAGCCCAGGCCCUUGGGCAUCUCCUGCUGUGUAUGGGGGAAGGGACCAAACACCUUCACCCUGCCCCCUGCCUGUGUCUCCAGGCCCUGAUACACAGCCUGCCGGCUCCCCCCUCCAGCCCUCCCCCAUACACUCGUGCCUUGCUUAGAGCCAGAAGGGACGAAGCCGGGAACUGGAGGCCAGAGGAGGAGCCAUCGGAUGGGAGAAGGAGCUAGAAGGGCCGUCCUCGGGGUUCUGGUAUAUGGCUGAGUUUCUGAUGGACAGAGGGCUGUUCAGAUGCUCCCUGGAGGAAGUCUUGAGCAGGAGGGGGAGCCCGAGGGUCUGGUUGCCCUCCCCUCAAUGGGGAUGAAAUGAAGAGCAGAGGCCCAGGUCUCCAGGUGUCUGGGCUCAGCCCUUCGCGCCUUAACACUAAGCCCACCUCCCUGUCCCCCUUCCCAGCCCUGGACCAUGGUUGCCAGGCCUGGGCUGGAUAUGUUUUUCAGUAUUUGUAAGCAUCUCAGCAGAACAAUAAAGCAUUUGGACUAUG